AUGGCUCCCCAAGAAAAGAAGUGGACCGACGCCGCCGAGCGCGACCUCUGCAUGGCCAUCCUCUACGGCAACCAAAGCCGCUACGACUGGGCCCGCGUCACCAAGAUCAUGGACGGCCUCGGCUACGACUUUACUAAAGACGCAAUGUCCCAACACUUCACCAAAACAAUCCUCAAGAAAUUCAAAGCCCUCUGCCCCGAGUCCGUCACCGCCGACAUCGACGCGACUCCCCCCGCCAGCGCGACCAAGCCCAAGGCCACCCCCCGCAAGACCGCUUCCACCCCCCGGAAGCGCACCAAGAAGGCCGCUGAAGACAACAGCAACAACAAUGACGACGAGGUCGAUGACGAGAUGGCUCCUGACGCGACUCCUACCAAGAAGCAAAAGAAGGAAGACAAGGUCAAGAAGGAGGAAAAGCUGAAGAACGAGGAGGAGGCGCCCGCUACUCCCGCCGCCGCUGCUGACCAGAGCGCUACCUCCGACAGCGAGGAAAAGGCUCGCGCCUCGGAUGCCGAGAGUUCUGCCUGA